GCGAAUUACCGCACCGCAGCACAGAAGCGGUACAAGCUUUGCAAAUACAGCACCUUUAUCUUGCUGACUGACAGGUAAACACCAAUCCGGUGUUUGCACGGCAGUGACGUGAGUCUUUUCCUCGGUGGAAUUACACGCCAGGGAGGAGUUCAGCAACUUUCUGUUUGGAGAAUUCUGGGAAAAGCAACUAUGCGUUUACUAAAGAUAUCGGGACUUUGCGAUAAAUAAAACAAUUUGGUAGUUUUCAAUUUAACACGUGCGCCAAUCGGACUGUGGGGAACCUUGAAAUAUGAUGCGCUUCAUGCUGCUCUUCAGCCGACAGGGCAAGCUGAGGCUGCAGAAAUGGUUCAUGGCGAUCGGAGAGCGCGAGAAGAAGAAGAUCAUCCGGGACAUGACUCAGAUGGUCCUGGCUCGCAAGCCAAAGACGUGUAACUUUUUGACAUGGAAGGAUCUUAAGAUUGUAUACAAAAGAUAUGCCAGCUUGUAUUUUUGCUGUGCAAUGGAAGAAGGAGACAAUGAGCUUCUGGCCUUGGAAAUCUUGCACCGCUAUGUUGAACUCCUGGACAAGUACUUUGGCAAUGUGUGUGAGUUGGACAUCAUUUUUAAUUUUGAAAAGGCCUAUUUCAUACUUGACGAGUUUCUCAUGGGAGGAGAGAUUCAGGAAACAUCCAAAUUGUUGAUCUCAAAAUCGAUUGAGGAGUCUGAUAUGUUACAGGAGACAAUGGAGGAAUAUAUGAGUAAGCCAGCAUUUUAAAAGAAAAUGUUUUAAUGAAGUAUCAUGUUUCAGACUUGAAGAUUUGGGAGUUUAUGAGCUAAAAGUGAAUUAAUUGAAAAUGGAGAGUUCUCACCAAAGUGCCACAUCCUUAAAUUACAUCAGAUUUAUACUUAAUACUCUCAUUAUCUUCUCAUGUAAUAUUGUCAAUGAGUAGUGUCAUUUUGGAAUUAUGGACUAAAGUCUCCAUUUCUGUUUAAGUUUUCAUUAAUCUGAUUCAAAUGUAUUUCAAUGGAAUACAUAUUGAGUGCAUCCUGUUAUAUGAAGGCCUGAAAAAUAUCUGACAAAUGUGUGCCACCAUCUGUUGGACCUGGUAGUCAGGCUGAUGGACAUGUACGAGGGUUCUGAUUUCAGGAAAAAUUAAAAAUCACUAAGCUUCAUAGAGACAGGAUUUGUAAUUAUUGUAGUUUUAAAACUACAGUCCUUACAUUUUUUACCACUAGAUCAACAAGCCCUGAAAUGAAAUUCCCUGCCUUUUUAUCAUUUUUGCCCGAUAACAGCUUUUUCAAACAAUGAAAAAUAAAAUAUAACAAUGCUUUUCAUAAGUGGGUCUUGACACCGUUAUUAUAUAAAUUGUUCGAUGUUUCAUAUCUUAACUCAGAUUACAUUAGAAACACAAAGCUGUGUUGAAAAUACCUUUGUCAUAAAAUAAUAUUUUCAUAAAUAA